AUCUCAGACUCCAGAGUUGCAUAACCUUCAUUUAUUAUAUUUAUAUUUAUUUUAGUGUGUAUAUACAUCCAGUUUUCUGCGCUUAAGCAUAAAACGUGACAAGGCGAAAUGAUAGCUAGCUUAGCCGUGUAACAUUCGCUUACGCCUUAUGAUUAAUAGAUUUCACUUUUCUCUCAAUUUGUAAACAAACAUGCUGUAGCCGCUGUGUUUAAAGGUACGGCAGAGGGUAAAUAAGGCCCUAGAGGAGCAAUGAGUGCAGAUAAACGUAGAAGAGCUCGUGUACAGGGAGGCUGGUCCAGUGGUCUCGGCAGCAGUCAACAGCCGCGAAAGAGUACAGAGUUUAACUCCAAAGUCAAAACGACGUCAGAUGUUGCUGUCCCGUCAUUUUCAUAUGUGAAACCACAACCAAAUUCUGAUAAUAUGUUUUCUGACCGCACAAGAGUCGUUGCACCUCACAUCUGCCUGGAUGAUUUAUACCAAACCUGCGACCACACCGACUGCGAAAGGUUUGGAGACGUGAAAUACGUCGAUAGCCAUUGCCACUUGGAUCUGAUCAACGACAACGAGAAGAUUAAUCCGCAAUCGAUCACAUAUCCGCGACAGUUUGCCGGCGCGGUGACUAACUUCUGCUUUCCCGAUCGUUGGAAGAAAGCACCGCGGUACGUGGCAUCGUGGAUUCAUAGAACUAUUGGUGUUCAUCCGAAGCUCGCCGAUAGAUAUGCGGACGACUCGAAGAUCCGACACGAAAUGGAGAUGAUCAUCCGUGAAGCGGAGGGAGGAGAGAGUAGGAUCGUGGCCGUCGGCGAGUGCGGGAUGGACCUACGAUACAAGGGUGCCGACGCUGCCCGGCAGGAAAAGCUGUUUCGGUGGCAGUGCGACGUCGCGCGGGGGUACGAUCUCCCUCUCGUCAUACACAGCGGGGCGUGCUCGGACGCGCACAUUCGUCUCACGCGGUCUGCCCUGCCGCCCGACUACCCCAUCCACGUCCACUGUUUCACGUACACCCCCGAGGAGGCCUUCAAGUGGCUGUCCGUGUCUAAGAAUCUCUACCUCGGACUGACAGGGUACGCAACACAAGAGCAGCACGCCGACGGCACCGGAGCCGUCGCAGCGAACCCCCGAAUUCCCCUCGAGAGACUCCUGCUGGAGACGGACUCUCCGAUGAACAAACCCGUCGUGCGUCUGCGGGAGGUGUCGCGCAAGGUGCCUCUCUGUCAUCCGGGACACGCGUUGAACGUUGCCUGCGAGAUUGCCGCUCGAAGGCGGGUCGGCGUCGCUGAAGUCCUGCAGACGACAACCGCCAACUUUCAGAGACUGUACCGUGUCGAAAUAGAUUAGUCACCCUCUCCACCCGUGCAUGUCUUAAUUGUUCUAAGUACAUCGUGUUUUACUUGUAUGAGCUGUAAGUGUUUUAAACUAACCUGACAUUGUGUCUAAUCGCUCAUGGUGAUGAAUCUGUAUUACUAUAUAGAACGUAUACGUAUAUAUAUAUAUAUAUAUGUAUUAUGUAAUAUGUAUAUAUAUAUGUAUAUAUAUAUAUAUAUUCAUACCUAGAAAGCUUUCACAUGUACUUAAAUUCAGCCUUUGUUAGUCAUAGACAAUUUCAGGAGUGAAAGUAUAAAACUAUAAUGUAUAUAAGCUUGACAUAUAUAACAUGACACUACACCUGUGUUUACUCAUGGUGACUUUAUUGCUUGUAUGUGUGUGCAUUUUUACUAUAACAACAUAUUACAUUUUAGUCGAUUUUUUGCACAACUUUCAUACAUUGUUUUUAUUCUUUUAGUAUGAUCACGAACAUAUUUAUAUACCUACACGCUCAAACGUUGAUGCAUUGUCUUAUAUUAGUGAUUUUAUAGAAUUCAAGCAGAAUGUAUAUGUUCGCACGUUUUAUGGAUUAAUUAUUAUGCGAUUUUUACUCGACCAUCAUAUGGCUGUAGCCAGUAUUUCAUAGCAGAGCAUGUGUAAAGCUAGUGUAAACAAUACUAAGUUGUAUAGAAACCAUUUGUAUUGAAAAUAAAUUUGCAUUGAAAAUUGAUUACUUCA